AGCUUUGUUUUCCCCGAUAAAACCGAGCAACAUUGGCGAAAUCGGGUUAUCGUUCUUGGAUAUGUGACAUGUUUGUCGCUAGAUGGCGUGAUGUUACCAGGCACGCUAAUGCGCGAAAUAUGGAAGACGAGGACGGGUUAAAAUGUAGUGUGGGACAUUACGCAGGAAGUUCCUGCGGAUUAUACAAACCGUAUCCAAAAGAAACAGAUUUAAAAAUUUUGGGCGAUUGUCAAAGAGACAUAUCUUUACACCUACACGCCAUUAAGUUAAGUGGAGGCCACCAGACAGCAGUGACAGCAGCAGCCGACAGCGAGGGGUCUCUGAUUGCCCUGCGCAUUGGUUUAUUUCGAUAUGAUCCAUCCAUGACAGUAUGUCCAUUCCAUCGUUAUGGCCUUGGGAUACACUGGAAACCUCCUCGGAAGUGCACAUACCCAUCACAUGAGGGAGCUCAAAAACCCCAAAAAGCAGUUUAUUUCUUGUGA